AUGCACAUCCUCGUAGUAAACGACGACGGGCCGCCCUCCAACCAGUCUUCCCCCUACGUCCACUCCCUCGUCAAGAAUCUCCAAGAAGCCGGACACACUGUGUCCGUCGUCCUGCCACACACUCAGCGCUCUUGGAUCGGGAAAGCCCACAUCAUCGGACAGACCGUGAAGCCCACGUACUUCCGCCCAGGCACGCUGCACCAGGACGACGGCACAACACACUCGCGGCCCCUUGCCGCCGGCUCUGAGCAGCGCGAAGAGUGGGUGCUCGUGGACGGGACGCCAGCCUCGUGCGUGCAGAUCGGCCUGUACCAUUUCUUCCAGGACCGUGGACCCGUGGACCUGGUGGUCAGCGGGCCAAACUAUGGGAGGAACAGCACGGCGAUAUUCAGCCUUUCGAGCGGGACGCUUGGAGGCGCGCUGGAGGCUGCGGUGUGUCAGAGAAGGGCGAUUGCGCUGUCGUAUGCUUUCUUUUCGCGGAAUCACGACCCGGAGAUUAUUGCUGGAGCGUCAAAGUUGUCGGUCAAGCUGAUUGACUACCUAUACAAGAACUGGGACGAGAAUGUCGACUUGUAUAGCGUCAAUGUGCCGCUAGUUGAGGGCGUAGAGGGGAACAAGAUCAUGUGGACGAAUAUGCUGCAAAAUUACUGGAGUCCGGGCAGCUGUUUCCAAGAGGUGGUGGAUGAGGAGGGGAAUGCGGCCGAGGAGGAGUCGAGAAUUAGAGAGGCGGAGGGGAGUGAGGGCGUGGAGGGCUCGAAAUCAGAUGGGGAUGCUGUGACGAGACAUAAGCAUAAGCACUUCAAGUGGGCACCGCGGUUUACAGACGUGUAUGAGAGUGUGGAGAAGGCGCCUCCUGGGAAUGAUGGGUGGGCUGUUAAGGAAGGCUUUACCAGUGUUACGCCGUUGAAGGCCAACUUCAUGCAUGCGGCGGCAGAGACGAAAGGGGAGUUGAAGCUGCCAGCAUCAACAUCUCUUGUUUCUUCAGCACAGAAGCCCAUUUCUGCUCCCCUAUCCGACCCCAAGCACUUCUACGCUCUAAUCAACUACGAGGAUGCCUACGUCCAGCCUCUCAUCCUCUCAGCCCUCAAAUCCUUCCGCUGCUCAACCAGCUACACACUCAUAACCACACUCUCUGAACUCCCCUCCCCCUCAACCCCCUUCCUGCAAAUCUCCGCCUACGAAUCCCUCCCCUUUGAACACGCCCUCUCCCACCCCAGCAGCACCCUCAUCAACUCGUACAUCAUCCGCAAAGCUCUGAUCCGGAAACACUACCUCAGCACGACGACGUACAACUGGGUCGCUAAGCACCCGGACAGCAUCCUGAAGCGGACCGUGAAGCCCGCGUGCGAGUUCGAGGUCGACUACGCCGAGUUCCUGGACGACGCGCUGGUGGAGGCGUGGGAGCUGCACGCGAGUUGGAGGCGCGGCAGAGAGGGGAAAGAGAGGAAGGAGGAGAGAGAGUGGUGGAUUCUGAAGCCGGGGAUGAGCGAUCGGGGGCAGGGGAUUCGGCUCUUCUCGUCGGAAGAGGAGCUGCAGGCUAUCUUUGACGAGUGGGAGGCCGAGAGGCCGGAGUCUGACGACGAGGACGAGGACGAGGACGAGGAUGAAGAUGAGGAAGGGGGCGGAGAGGGCGAGAAGGCUGUUGGUGGUGAUGGUAGUGGACAGGGGGUGACGGCGGAGAUGAAUAAAAAGGAGCCAGAGCGAGAGCGGGAGCGAGAUUUCAUAGUGACCUCGCACCUCCGCCACUUCAUCGCGCAGCCGUACAUCCACCCGCCGCUCCUGCUGCCCGGCAACCCGCGCAAGUUCCACAUCAGGACCUACGUCUUGGCAUACGGCGCAUUGAAAGUCUACGUCUACAAGCCCAUGCUGGCCUUGUUCGCCGCGACGCCCUACGUUGCUCCCUGGCAAACCACCACCACCACCACCACCUCCUCCUCCUCCUCGUCAUCAUCGUCAUCACCAGCACUGGACCUCUCCCCGCACCUGACAAAUACCUGCCUGCAGACCGGCAGCCACAAUGGCGCGGUGGAGUCCUUCUUCUCGAUCCCGGCCUCGCAACUCCCCGACAGCGCGAAAGAGGACAUCUUCCGCCAGAUCUGCGAGACGACGGGGGAGCUGUUCGAGGCGGCGGCCCGGGGCAUGAGCGUGCACUUCCAGACGCUGCCGAACGCCUUCGAGGUCUUCGGCCUGGACUUCCUGGUCGAUGAGCGCGGCGUGGCGUGGCUGUUGGAGUGUAACGCGUUUCCGGAUUUUAGGCAGACGGGUGAGGAGUUGAAGGGGGUGGUGGAGGGCUUGUGGAGGGAGGUGGUGGAGGUUGUUGUUGGGGGGUUCUUUGGGGGGCGAGGGGGGGAGGGUGGAAGGGGGGGGAGGGACAUGGUGCUGGUUAGGGAUGUGGAUUUGGGGAGGAGGUAA